CUGCGCGCACGAGCCGUUUGGAGCAGAGCUGAGCGCGCGCAGCAGCAGUUUGCAGCUGCGCUCGUGAGCCCGACCGUUACUUUCUCCCCCGGUCGGUCCGUCGGUUGUCUCUCCGGCUCCGCGUCGCCUCUCCUCCCCGCCCCGCGCCGGAGUUCGUCGGUGUGGAUCCAGUUUGUUCUCCCGGUUCUCCUCCUUCCUCCUCCGGACCGAAAGUCUCUGAACUCCGGGUCCCGCUCCUGCUCGGUCCGCUCUCUCCUUCCGCUUCUCGGACUAAAGUUUCAGUCGGUUCUUCUCCGGUUCCCCCGCUGGCAGCUGCUGCAGCUCCGGUGUCUGACCGUCAGCUGCUCUCUGCCUCAUUUUAAAGUGUUUACACCCGGUUCUGCUGGCCCGGUAGCUUCUUCCUGGUCCGGUUCCCUCGGUAGCCGUUUCAGACAUGGGUUGGAGUGUCCCGGUUCUGCUGUCAGUCAUCUGUGUCGGACUCACGGCGGGAGUACCGGACGGCCCGGACGUUCAAGUGAUCGACGUGUUGAGUCUUCAGGAUUCGAAGCAGAGCGUCGCGGCGGUGGAGAAGCUGUCGGCCGGUCUGAGCGCGCUCAGCGACGUCUACGUGGUGUCGACGUUUCGGCUGCCGGCGAAGUUGGGCGGCGUCCUGCUGGGUCUCUACAGCAAACAGGACAACAGGAAGUACCUGGAGCUCGCCGUCAUGGGGAAGAUCAAUAAAGUCCUGGUUCGUUAUGUCAGAGCUGACGGGAAGCUCCACACCGUUAACCUGCAGCACGCUAACCUGGCUGACGGGCGGACUCACUCCAUCAUCCUGAGACUUGGCGGUCUUCACCGUGACCACAUGCACAUGGAGCUCUACGUCAACUGCCGAUUGGCCGACUCCAGCCAGGGCCUGCCGCCACUGGUCCCUCUGCCCAGAGAGGCGGAGAUGGUGGAGAUCAGACACGGACAGAAGGCCUACACCCGACUCCAGGGCGCAGUGGAGUCCCUCAGACUGGCUCUAGGGGGCAGUGUUGCUAAAGCUGGAUCUCUGACGGACUGUCCGUUCCAAGGAGACUCAUCAGCCUACAACUCAGUGAGUGGGGAGGUCAACUCCAUCCUGGGUGAUCACACCAAGGCUCUGAUUGGUCAACUCAUCAUCUUCAACCAGAUCCUGGGAGAGCUGCGACAGGACAUCAGAGAGCAGGUAAAAGAGAUGUCUCUGAUCAGAAACACCAUCCUGGAGUGUCAGGUUUGUGGUUUCCACGAGCCUCGCUCUCGUUGCUCUCCUAACCCCUGCUAUAAGGGCGUGUCCUGUGUGGAGAGUCUGCACUAUCCUGGAUACACCUGUGGACCCUGUCCACCUGGAACCACCGGCAACGGGACACACUGUCACGACAUUGACGAGUGUGAGCUGCAGCCUUGUUUCUCUCCUGAAGCCUGUGUGAACACUGUGGGGGGGUUCACCUGUCAGCCCUGCCCUCCCGGCCUGUGGGGGGCGCCGCUGGCUGGAACUGGACUGAACUAUGCCAAGACACACAGACAGGACUGUGUAGAUAUUGAUGAGUGCUUAGAUCUACCAGACGCCUGUGCACCAAACUCCGUGUGCCUCAACACUGUGGGUUCAUAUAAGUGUGGAGGCUGUAAACCUGGUUUCCUUGGUAACCAGACAUCAGGUUGCUUCCCCAGGAAGUCGUGUGCUGCGUUGACCUUUAACCCCUGUGACUCCAACGCCCACUGCGUCAUGGAGAGGAACGGAGAGGUCGCCUGCAUGUGUAACGUGGGCUGGGCUGGUAACGGUAACACAUGUGGCGUGGACACAGACAUUGACGGGUAUCCUGACCGCUCUCUGCCCUGCAUGGACAACGACAAACACUGCAAGCAGGACAACUGUGUGUUCACGCCAAACUCUGGUCAGGAGGACGCUGACAACGACGGCAUCGGAGAUCAGUGUGACGAGGACGCAGACGGAGACGGCAUCAAAAACGUGGAGGAUAACUGCCGUUUGGUCCCUAACAAAGACCAGCAGAACUCGGACAGCGACUCGUUCGGAGACGCCUGUGAUAACUGUCCCAACGUCCCCAACAGCAACCAGAAAGACACCGACAGCAACGGACAGGGAGACGCCUGUGACCAGGACAUCGACGGGGACGGUAUUCCCAACGUUCUGGAUAACUGUCCAAAGGUCCCGAACCCGAUGCAGACAGACAGAGACAGGGACGGAGUGGGAGACGCCUGUGACAGCUGUCCUGAACUCAGCAACCCCAUGCAGACGGACGUCGACAACGACCUGGUGGGAGACGUUUGUGACACCAACCUGGACACGGACGGAGACGGUCACCAGGACAGCAGAGACAACUGUCCAGACAUCCCCAACAGCUCCCAGCUGGACUCCGAUAACGACGGCCUCGGAGACGACUGUGACCACGACGACGACAACGACGGCGUCCUCGACGACUACGACAACUGCAGACUCAUCGUCAACCCCAACCAGAAAGACUCGGACGUGAACGGUGUUGGAGACGUCUGUGAGCACGACUUUGAUAACGAUGCAGUGAUGGAUUUGAUUGACGUGUGUCCAGAGAGCGCUGAGGUCACUCUGACAGACUUCCGAGCCUAUCAGACAGUCAUCCUGGACCCAGAGGGCGACGCCCAGAUCGACCCCAACUGGGUGGUUCUUAACCAGGGUAUGGAGAUAGUCCAGACAAUGAACAGUGAUCCUGGUUUAGCUGUGGGCUACACGGCGUUUAACGGCGUCGACUUCGAGGGAACGUUUCAUGUCAACACGGUAACCGACGACGACUACGCCGGCUUCAUCUUCGGUUACCAGGACUCAUCGAGUUUCUACGUGGUGAUGUGGAAACAGACGGAGCAGACGUACUGGCAGUCCAUCCCCUUCCGAGCCAUGGCCCAGCCGGCCCUGCAGCUCAAGGCGGUGAAGUCUCGGACCGGACCAGGAGAGUUUCUGAGGAACGCUCUGUGGCACACCGGAGAUACACCUGGAGAGGUGAAGCUGCUCUGGAAGGAUCCACGAAACGUCGGCUGGCAGGACAAAACCUCGUACCGCUGGCAGCUUAGCCACCGGCCGCAGGUGGGAUACAUCCGGGUGAAGCUGUUUGAGGGGACAGACAUGGUGGCGGACUCUGGUGUUGUGACCGACACCACAAUGAGGGGAGGCAGGCUCGGGGUCUUCUGUUUCUCCCAGGAAAACAUCAUCUGGUCCAACCUGCGCUACAGAUGUAACGACACGGUGCCUGAAGACUUCCAGUCUCAUCGUAAACAAGUUCUGAUGCACAUUCAGGUCUGAGAGCUGCAGAGGAACCGCACACACACACACACACCAGACACACACACACACACACACACACACACACAGACACACUCACACACACA